AUGUCUCAUAAACUAUUCAAGUCAAAAAAAUUGGAAAUUGAGAAUAAUGAAGUUUGCUCUGACUUUUACUGGUAUUUUUGCAAAAAAAAUCAAUCAGAAGUAAGGAACAGCCACAAUUUCAAACAUUCUAUUGAGCACUCAUACUCUAAGCUAAUGGCAAUGUUUACAAGUAUCAUCAAUAAUUCUCAUCAAAAGUCUAAGUCAGCUUACGUUGAACAAGAGUUAUACAAAAGUUGUAUGAAACUUGAUGAGAAUAUUCACGAUGAUGACAGAAACGCGAAUGACACAGAUCACGUAAAUAAUAUACUGGAUUUGUUUUCAGUACAGAAAUUUUUUAAUGACAUGUUAAAGAAAUUUAGCGAAAGAAUUUAUGAAAAUGAUUGGAAAAUACUUGAUGGUAAAUUAGCUUCACUAGGUUUUGGACAUACUUUUUUCGAUAUCAAUGUUAUAAAUGACUUUUCUGAGCCAAAGAAAAAAGUAAUUCUGCUAGAACCACCUUCACUAAAAAAAUGGAAUGCCAAAAAAUUUCCUGACUUGUCAGCAAAUAUGCUUAUCCAAAUGCAAACGAAAACAUUUGAGUAUUGCAAGAACGUAUCAAAAGUAUUGAACGAAAAAAGAAAAAGUCAGACAGAGGAGAAAAUUGAAAUACUACAUUAUCACGGAAAUAUGGAAAAAUUUAUAUCGCUGUGUGAACCUUUUCAAAAUGUAACACUGCCAUUGCGAAGUGUUAUAAAAGAUGAAAACUUGUUGGAUAUGUACAGUUUAUUGGUAAAAUUAGAAAUUCAAAAUUUUAAAGUUACUGAUCCAGAAUAUCAAGACUUUACCAUUGAGUCAUGGAUCAACUUAUAUAAUCACAAUGUUAGAAAUGAUAUCAGCAGGCUUGAUUGGUUACAAAUAUUUAAAAAUACAUUCACCCCCUUCGGUAUUACUAUAAACAAUAAUACUAUCAUAACUGUAAGAAAUAAAGUAUACUUUUUCAAACUUGCUAAAAUAGUACUGAACUAUUUUCCAAACGAAUCAAUCAUUCGUGCUAUUCAACUGAAAUUUGUAUCUGACUACAUCCGAUAUUACGAUUGGAAUUGGGCGCAGUCAAUCGAUUUUGUUGAAACAUCAGUUUUUUGUUUUCAAGAAACAAAACUUUAUGGAAUUUCUAAUAUUGUCUUAGAAUUGUUUCAAAGAGAGUACAUGGUAUCAAAUAUAAAAAGGUUUAAUACAGUUAAAAUUAAUGUUGUUAAUGUUUUAGCAUGUUUCGUAGAGACCUAUUAUGCAACUUACGGAGUAAACAUGGGAGCUUUUUUAUACUCCUUAUUAAGAGAAAACAAGUUCAAAAACGUUAUGAAUGAACAAUUAUUUCAUCGAUUGGGAAGUGAAUGGUUUAUUCCAUAUGGAACUUAUCCACCGUUAGCAAUAAAUUGUUUUAUUCCCAAAAAUGCUUUCAAAUAUGGGCAUAAACUAGCAUUCGAGACCAUAACAGAAAUUUUUGGGGUACAAUUGGCUUAUGAAGCUAUGUUAGAAGACCUUGGAAAUAAUGUGACAAAAGAUUUUUUUAAAGCUUAUACACAGGCACAAUGUACAGCACGUAAAAAAAUAAUGAUAAACAAAGUAAUAUCAAAUUUUAAGGAGAUCUACACCACGUUUCAUUGCAGUGACACUGAAGAUGAGCGCCAACAAUGUAGCAUCACACCUUUCGACGUUUAA